ACUCACCAUUCAGUAAAGUAUCAGUAAAGCCUAUAUUUCAGUUCAAUUCGUUUUCUUAUGCACUUGUGAUAUUUCAUGGUAAUCUCAAUAUAAUGAAUUUGUUACAUGUAGCACCUUUAAAUGUCACGUAGACGCAUGACUAGAUCUCCUGGUACCUUUUAGCCACACUGAGGUUUGUGAUGUUUUCUUUUGUGUGUGUGUGUGAGUGAUAGAGAGAGAGAGCGAGAGAGGGAGAGAGAGGGGGGUGGAAGAGCCAUGGGAAACCAGAACCUCAAAUAUGUGUCAGUAAAUACAUUUUUUUUUCAUGCAGUGGACCAGACUGACCUAAUUCAUGCUCUGUAUGUUUCACCGGUGCUGUUUUAUGGGGUGAACAUUUGGCUAUUUUUAUUUCACUUUCACUCCCAGCAAAUCACGACCCCAGUCUGGUCCAGGGUCAAAGCGAGGACUGCAGCCACGGGGCACUGACGCAAGGACACACAUGACUCAAAUUAGUUCUAUCAUGAAAUGAAAAAGUUUUUUUUUUUCUAGUGGAAGCGAUUGUCCACCUUCACUUGCUGCGGCUGCAUCACUUAGCGCGCAAAGGAGGACACCACUUGACGUGUCCACCACCGCGUAUACGCGCGCCACCAUAGUGCUCCACGCGCGUGUUACCGGCUGCCACGGAGCCACGGGACUGUUUUGCGAGAGUCGCUGCUUAGAGGGAGCGCACGGGCGGAUCAUCCAUCUGCGAGUUUCACAUCAUCCACAUUCGCCUGUGCGCAAUGGCACCGAGCGCUCCUCCCGCUCUCCUCGCAGUGCUGGACGCGGUGACCGGACAACUUUUCACACUGCGCGGAUGAUGCUUUUCCUCCGCGGCGUCUGAUGAAUCCCUCACUGGGAAACAGUAACAGGUCUGCCAAGCAUAUCACCUCCGGGGCAUCUCCAUGGCGAUGUUUAGUGGCUCAGAGCGGCUCUGGAACGAGUCAUACCACCUCGGAUGGGACGAGAGGAACGAGAGCGCAGAUGCGUCGGAGCAGGACAACGGGGAACACAACUACUACGCCAUGCUGUACUCCCUGCUCAUCCUGGCCAUUGUGUUUGGGAACGUGCUGGUGUGUCUGGCCGUGCUGCGAGAACGCUCCCUUCAGACCACCACCAACUACCUGGUGGUCAGCCUUGCAGUAGCUGACCUGCUGGUGGCUGUGCUGGUCAUGCCGUGGGCCGUGUACCUGGAGGUGAGGAGGUCAGAGUGUCUUCAUUUACAGCGGAGGAGACCACUGAUGGUAACCGUGGUCUCCACACAUCCACCAUGAGCUCAAAUUGCCAUGUAUUUCCAAAAUGUAGGCUCCAAAAAAAAAUGGGAUUUGUUUUUGGUGUUGACACAUAGUCUGAGAUAUGAAUGCUCAGCCUCACUGAAAACAUGCCUGUCAACACAUUCCAGCCCCCUGCCAGCUGCCGUGUUUAGCUUUUUUUUUGCUGGUGUUAUUAUUAUU